CUCGCCUUCCUAUUCCCCCAAUCCCUAUUCACCUUACCUUCUCCCCCUCUCCCUCACCUUCUCUUCGCCCUUUAAUACCCUCAAUUCCUCCUUCUUCCCUCCCUCUCCUUUCCUUUGCUAUCCGGAGGAUCCUUUUGCGCGGCGUUUUGUUGGGUGGAUGUGGUCGUCCUGCGGCCCUAAGUAAAUAUGGCUCCUCUACCUAUCAAGUUUACGGAGCUUCUUAAUUUGACGUCUGCUGAUAUUGUGCCGGCGUCGAUUGGCUUCAAUUCAUGUACCUUAGAAUCAGACCACUUCGUGUGCAUUCGGCAAAAGCGUGACGAGGAUGAUAAACCUCAGGUUAUCAUUGUCAACCUAAAGAAUAACAAUGAGGUCAUCAAGCGACCAAUUAAUGCCGACAGUGCUAUUAUGCACUAUGACCGCAACAUCAUCGCGCUGAAGGCCCAGGGUCGCACAAUCCAGAUCUUCGACCUGACGGCGAAGCAGAAGCUGAAGUCGGCGGUUAUGAAUGAGGAUGUUGUCUACUGGAAGUGGUUCAAUGAGAAGUGCCUAGGCCUGGUGACGGAGACCUCUGUCUUCCACUGGGAUGUCUUUGACCCUACCCAGUCUCAGCCCAUCAAGGUCUUUGAUCGACUUCCCAACCUGAGUGGCUGCCAAAUCAUCAACUACCGUGUCAACGACGAGGAAAAGUGGAUGGUGGUGGUCGGAAUCAGCCAGCAGCAGGGUCGUGUGGUGGGCUCAAUGCAGCUUUACUCCAAGGAACGCGGCAUCUCCCAGUUUAUUGAAGGUCACGCAGCCGCCUUUGCCUCGAUCCGCGUUGAAGGCUCUCCUCUUGAACACAAGCUCUUUACCUUCGCUGUUCGGACGCAGACGGGCGCCAAAUUGCAGAUCGCCGAAAUCGACCACCAGGACCCGAACCCGCGAUUCCAGAAGAAGGCUGUGGAGGUUUACUUCCCCACGGAGGCAGUCAACGAUUUCCCGGUUGCCAUGCAGGUAUCCAAGAAGUACGACAUUGUUUAUCUGGUUACCAAAUAUGGCUUCAUCCACCUCUAUGAUCUCGAGACUGGUACUUGCAUCUUCAUGAACCGCAUCUCUAGCGAGACGAUCUUUACCACUGCUCCUGACUCCGACUCCGCUGGUCUGGUCGGCGUGAAUCGCAAGGGUCAAGUCUUGUCGGUUAGCGUUGACGAGAACAAUGUUAUUCAGUACUUGAUGGAGAACCCGGCCAUGUCCGGUCUUGCAGUGAAGCUUGCCUCCAAGGCAGGACUUCCUGGAGCGGACCACCUGUACCAGCAGCAGUUCGACAACCUUGUCGCACAGGGUAACUACGCCGAAGCCGCCAAGAUUGCUGCGAACUCGCCCCGUGGUUUCCUCCGUACUCCGGAGACCAUCAACCGAUUCAAGAAUGCUCCUCAGGGUGGACAGCAGAUGUCUGUCAUCCUUCAAUACUUUGGUAUGCUUCUGGAUAAGGGUUCCCUGAACAAAUACGAGAGUGUUGAGCUCGUCCGCCCCGUCCUGCAGCAGAACAGGAAGCAUCUUCUCGAAAAAUGGAUGCGCGAGAACAAAUUGGAAGGUUCCGAGGAACUGGGUGAUAUCGUUCGACCUUACGACAUGAACCUAGCCUUGACUAUCUAUCUCCAGGCCAACGUGUCCCACAAAGUCAUCGCCGGAUUCGCCGAGACGGGUCAGUUUGACAAGAUUCUCGCCUACUCGAAGCAGGUUGGUUACCAGCCGGACUACACCCAGCUCUUGCAGCACAUUGUCCGCGUCAACCCCGAGAAGGGUGCCGAGUUUGCCUCCCAGCUUGCUAAUGAGGAAUCUGGUGCUCUCAUUGAUCUGGACCGUGUUGUGGACGUUUUCUUGUCUCAGAACAUGAUCCAGCAAGCCACUUCGUUCCUUCUGGAUGCUUUGAAGGACAACAAGCCCGAGCAUGGCCACCUGCAGACCCGUCUACUUGAGAUGAACCUUGUUAACGCUCCUCAAGUCGCCGACGCCAUCCUUGGCAACGAAAUCUUCACCCACUACGACCGUCCUCGGAUCUCCCAGCUCUGUGAGAAUGCCGGGCUCAUUCAGCGUGCGCUUGAAAACACCGAGGACCCAGCUGCUAUCAAGCGUAACAUCGUUCGUACCGACAAGCUCAGCACUGAAUGGUUGAUGGAAUAUUUCGGUCGUCUCUCAGUCGAGCAGACCUUGGACUGCAUGGAUACCAUGUUGCAGGUCAACAUUCGCCAGAAUCUGCAGGCAGUUGUUCAGAUCUCUACCAAGUUCUCCGAUCUGUUGGGCCCCGCUCAACUUAUUAGCCUGCUUGAGAAGUACCGUACGGCUGAAGGUCUUUACUACUACCUCGGUAGUAUUGUCAACCUCAGCGAGGACCCUGAGGUUCACUUCAAGUACAUUGAGGCUGCUACUGCCAUGGGCCAGGUCACCGAAGUUGAGCGGAUCUGCCGUGAGAGCAACUACUACAAUGCCGAAAAGGUCAAGAACUUCCUGAAGGAAGCCAAGUUGACGGAACAGCUGCCUCUAAUCAUUGUGUGCGAUCGUUUCAACUUCAUCCAUGACCUGGUUCUUUAUCUCUACCAGAACCAGCAGUACAAGUCUAUCGAGGUUUACGUGCAGCGUGUCAACCCAUCCCGUGCUCCCGCUGUUGUCGGUGGCCUGUUGGACGUUGAUUGCGAGGAAAGCAUUAUCAAGAACCUCCUUUCCACUGUUGACCCAGCCGUGAUCCCUAUCGAUGAACUUGUUUCUGAGGUGGAGAGCAGAAACAGACUGAAGUUGCUUUUGCCUUUCCUCGAGGCCACUCUCGCCACAGGUAACCAGCAGCAGGCCGUUUACAACGCCCUUGCCAAGAUCUACAUUGAUAGCAACAACAACCCUGAGAAGUUUCUCAAGGAGAAUGACCUGUACGACACGCUUACCGUUGGAAAGUACUGCGAGAAGCGUGACCCGAACUUGGCAUACAUCUCCUACCGCAAGGGACAGAACGAUCUCGAGCUCAUCAACAUUACCAACGAGAACUCGAUGUACCGUGCUCAGGCACGCUACCUUGUCGAGCGGGCCGACACUGAGAUCUGGACGUUUGUUCUCAGUGAAAACAACUUGCACCGUCGGUCACUGGUCGACCAGGUCAUUGCAACUGCCGUGCCCGAAUCGACAGAGCCUGACAAGGUGUCCAUUGCUGUCAAGGCUUUCCUCGAGGCAGAUCUACCUGGCGAGCUGAUUGAGUUGCUUGAGAAGAUUAUCCUUGAGCCCUCGCCUUUCAGUGACAACGGCAGCCUGCAGAAUCUGCUCAUGCUCACUGCUGCUAAGGCUGAUAAGGGACGCUUGAUGGACUACAUUCAUAAGCUCAACGAAUUCAGCCCCGACGAGAUUUCUGAAAUGUGCAUUUCGGUUGGUCUGUACGAGGAGGCAUUUGAGAUCUACAAGAAGGUCAACAACUUCCUUGCCGCUGUCAAUGUCUUGGUUGAGAACAUUGUCAGCAUUGACCGCGCACAGGAAUUCGCGGAGCGCGUUGAAUUGUCCGAGGUCUGGAGCAAGGUUGCCAAGGCUCAGCUGGAUGGGCUUCGUGUGUCUGACUCCAUCGAGUCAUAUAUCCGCGCCGGCGAUCCUUCGAACUACAACGAGGUCAUUGAAACAGCGAUUCAUGCUGGCAAGGACGAAGACCUUGUCAAGUAUUUGAAGAUGGCCCGUAAGACCUUGCGAGAGCCUGCCAUUGACACUGGUCUCGCUUUCUGCUACGCCCGCCUCGAUCAGCUUUCCGAACUCGAGGACUUCCUGCGCACCACGAACGUUGCAGAUAUCGAAGCUUCCGGAGACAAGGCUUACGAAGAAGGUUACCACCAGGCGGCCAAGAUCUUCUACACCAGUAUCUCGAACUGGGCCAAGUUGGCGACGACCUUGGUGCACUUGGAAGAGUACCAGGCGGCUGUGGAGUGUGCACGCAAAGCCAACAGCGUCAAGGUCUGGAAGCAGGUCAAUGAGGCUUGUGUUAACAAGAAGGAAUUCCGCCUUGCCCAGAUCUGCGGUCUCAACCUGAUCGUUCACGCCGAAGAGCUGCAAGACCUUGUGCGUCAAUACGAGCGCAAUGGAUACUUCGAUGAACUUAUCUCGGUCUUGGAGGCUGGACUGGGCUUAGAACGGGCGCACAUGGGCAUGUUCACCGAGUUGGGCAUUGCCCUCUCCAAGUACCACCCCGACCGCGUGAUGGAGCACCUCAAGCUCUUCUGGUCUCGUAUCAACAUCCCGAAGAUGAUCCGGGCCUGUGAAGAUGCGAGUCUGUGGCCGGAGCUGGUGUUCUUGUACUGCCACUACGAUGAGUGGGACAAUGCUGCGCUGGCAAUGAUGGAGCGUGCCGCUGAUGCCUGGGAGCACCACUCGUUCAAGGACAUCAUUGUCAAGGUGGCUAACCUGGAAAUCUACUACCGGGCGCUUAACUUCUACCUGCAGGAGCAGCCUCUCCUCCUUACCGACCUCCUGCAGUCUCUCACUUCUCGGAUUGAUGUCAACCGCGUUGUGCGCAUUUUCCAGACUUCGGAUAACAUCCCUCUGAUCAAGCCCUUCAUGCUUAACGUUCAAACUCAAAACAAGAGGGCAGUGAACGAUGCCAUUAACGACUUGUUGAUUGAGGAGGAGGAUUACAAGACUCUCCGUGACUCGGUGGAUAACUACGACAACUUUGAUGCGGUGGCGCUUGCUCAACGACUGGAAAAGCACGAUCUGAUCUUCUUCCGUCAGAUUGCCGCUAACAUCUACCGCAACAACAAGCGUUGGGAGAAGUCGAUCGCCUUGUCAAAACAGGACAAGCUCUACAAGGAUGCCAUCGAGACCUCUGCUAUUUCCGGAAAGCCGGAGGUUGUCGAGGAGCUUCUUCGCUAUUUCGUGGACAUUGGCAGCCGGGAGUGCUACGUCGGCAUGCUGUAUGCCUGCUACGACCUGAUCCGGCCUGACGUGAUCAUGGAGAUUUCAUGGCGCCACGGACUCCACGACUUCACCAUGCCUUUCAUGAUCAACUUCCUGUGCGAGCAGACACGCACACUCGAGAUGCUCAAGAAGGACAAUGAGGAACGCAAGGCGCGGGAAGUCACUCAGAAGACGGACGAGGACAACACACCCAUUCUGGGAGGCUCGCGACUGAUGUUGACCCAGGGCCCGGCGGCGCCGGCGCCAAGUCCCAUGGCAUAUGGGCAGGCGAAUGGAAUCACGCCGCAGGCGACCGGGUUCCGCCCCUUCUAGUUAAACGAUUGUCACGCCCCCUUUAGUUGUUGUUCCGACGCACCCCCAAUUGGCCCAGUGUAUGUAUAGCAUGAGCGAUGGAUGAUAUGUCGCCGGGCUUGGGUGGGACAGAUACCUCAUUAUGGGAAAAUAAUGGAUGGAUGAGCUCAGUCGGCUGACGGGUUCGCUGUUCCACCGGGUCGGGCGUUCUUCUUCUACUUGAUGUUCCCAUCCAUUUACGGACUGUUUCUAUUUCUCUUCUCUAUGAAUGCCUGUUUACUGCACUUAUUACCUUCCCCCUCACGAUGUAUUUCAUAGGCCCUAAAAGUCUGUCGGUUGAUUCUCCGGGACUCUAGACGGUCGCGGGCUUAGUCGGACUUCGUUAAUCGCAUUUGAAUUUCAAGUUGAGAGCCUG